CAGCCCUCAUCCUCUGCGAUGGAGGAGAGAAAGCCCUCCUGCCCCGCAGAGAAGGGCAAAACCCCCCAGGAGCCCCCUGUUGUGCCGCCCGCUCCCCGCUCGGACACCCCUGGGAUGCCCGUGUGUGAUGCGGAGCGUUACGCGAUGGACGACAUCGAGGCCUUUGUCCAGAGAGCAGAGCCUCAGAACGAGGAGCAGAAGAUGAAGUUCCUGCAGAGCAUCCGCACCAUCUGCAGCCGCGUGGCGGAGAGGAACGUGGCGCAGGAACUGCGCGUCUUCUGCCGCCGGAACAAUCUUGUGGAGAACAUCAUGGUGCUGCUGGCGGAGGAGCCGCACAAAAAACUGAGCUCCGAACUGCGGCUGCAAGCGAUGGCCACCAUCACCGCCCUCAGCAAGGUGGAGGGGUUGCUGGAGGAAAAGAUCCCUCUCUUUGAUGUGUGCUUCCAGAGCAUCCUCCUGCUUCCCUUGGAGCAGGACCUGGACGUGAGCCUUUACUCCAAGACUCUCAGGGCUCUGGAUGAGAUGCUGGACACCUUGGUGUUCAUCCACCCCACUGCAGGCAUCGGAGAGGAGUUGAAAAACGCCUUCCAGGUGCUGCUGCCCUUCACCUCCACUCAGAACUCAGCUGCGUGCCAGAGGGCAGUGGGACGCAUCUGGAAGCUGUGCCAUUCACUGGCGUAUUACUGCCAGGAGAGGCCCCAUCACUCCUCGGGACGAUUCAGACCCAUCUGCUGUGACAAGUUCCGCCUGCCCGUGCUGGGGCAGCUGGUGGGAAGCCUCAUCCUGUGCUGCGCCUGCCAGGAGGACAAAACGCACCGCUGUGCUUUGAGCGCUCUCCAUCACCUCUACAAAUUCAUCCUGUGGAGAAGCCGCUGGGAAGUGCAGCCGGAAGAGCAGGGGAAGCAGGAGCAGUGGGAAGAUGAGCACGAGUUCUCCCUCACCUGGACCACCAACACCUCGGAGAUUUUGCUGCGCUUUGCAAAGCACUUCCACUCUUGGGAGACAACUGACCUCAUCCUCGUGAUGCUGCAGGGCAUGAAGGACUGCAGCAACUGCAACGCCCAGGCUGCUUCCAACUUGAUGGGUGUGCUGACGGCUGACUUCAAGCCCACGCCCAACGAUGUGCAGCGCAUCGUGACAGCCAUCCACAGGAGCAGGAAGCUGAUCACAGAGGAAAAGGCACUGAAGCACAUCCGUGACGUCUUCCCCAGGCUGGCUGCCGCCAGCCCUCAUACAGUGACACUCAGCCUGCUGCGCUGCUCCCCCACCUGUGACAAGGACGCACGGGAGCUGUGGGAGUUGGCGCUGUCCUCAGAGGACGCGAUGCCACAGAUGAUGCAGGAGCUGCUGCGUCUGCUGGAGAUGGCGCCGCUGGGCCUGGAGACCGAGUCCAGCACCCUUAGCCUGGCCGCGGUGGCGGCGCUCUGUAAGCUCCUGCAGAACCUGGAGUACGGCCCGCAGGUGCAGCAGCUUUUCCCGGAGCUCUUUGUGGCUCUCGUCCUCCAGUUGGUGUCCUGUGAGGAGCUCUGUUCGCUGGAGGUCAUCGCCAUCACGGAGGAGCCGUUUGGCCCGGUUUCACUCACCUCUGCUGCCAGGAUGGUGGUGGAGACGUUGCGCCUUUUGCUGCUGUGCUCUGAUAUGGAGGACCUGGCGCUCUUCAUGGAGACCUACAACCUGUGGGCGCGGCUGCCUGGCGCUGCCCAGUGGCAGAAUGGCCUGUGCAACUUUGCCAAGGUGCUGAUGAGGAGAUGCCAGAGUCACUGCAGGCCCAUCUUCAUCCAUCUGCAGAAGCUGCUGCAGUACCACCAGCUGCAGUGGAGGGAGGUCCCGGCCAUGGCGCUCUACUUCGAGAUGUGGAUCCUCAUCGGGUUCCGGGACGAUGACUACUACGCAGAGAAGAUCUUCAGGAAACACGUCCCCAGCGAACAGCUCAGGAGCAGAGAGCUGGCGCUGCUUGGGCUGCGGUACCUUUACGAUGAGAAGAUGCAGCUUCUGCUGCCCGACGUGCUGCUGUGGCUGCAGGACGCGUGGGCUGACAUCAAGCUGCAGGCCAUGUACAUACUGCACUGCAUCCUGACAGAGCACCCCGCCAGCGUCCGAGGUGUGGUCGGCCAGCUGGCCGUGCUGCUGCUGUCCUACUUCAACGAGGAAAAGGCAGAUAUGCGCUGGCACUCCAUGGAGCUCUUUGCGCUGCUGCUGGAGGCGCCGGGCAGGAAGCAGCUGCUGCCAGAGGCGGAGAAGAGUCUGCUGCCACUCUUCAUCCACAUGAAUGAGGACAUUAACAACGUGGCCCAGGCUGCUCAGAUUGCUCUGAUCCGUGCCGCCAAGCUCCUGGGCUGGCAGCGACUGCAACGCUUGGCCAGUAAAGCGGAGGUCUGGAUGAUCGCUGACUGCCUGCUUCGGGAGAGGGAAGGAGAUGCGGAGCUGUACAUGAAGCAGACCAUGCUGCACCUGGACAGCCCACAGGCAGCUUUGAGGGAGGCGGCCGUGCGCUUCCUGGGGAUGCUGGCGCAGAAGCUGAAGAAUAAGAACGAGGAGAUGGUGUUGGACAUCCGUAAAGCCCUGCAGGGUGCCAAGGGGGACAGGGAUCUGGCCGUGAACUCCCUGGUGCAGCAGACGCUGCUGAUCCUCUGCCAGAAGAAAGAUGUGCCGCCCACCAGGCCUAGGGGCAGAGCGUCGCUCCAGUGGUUCCAGAGGAAGCAGAAGGAGUAGUGCCAGUCCAAAGGGUUUGGAGGUGUUGCAUUCUGCUCCUCACUGCCACAUGAAUGCCAACCCGAAGAGCAACCACAGCCCCAAAGCAAACUGCAUCCCCAGCCAUAACCAGAACUCCAAGCUGAACCUCAAGCACAGUCACGAGCCCAGCUGACUUGCGGAAACUCCGUGACCACAAAGGAGCGACAAAAGCAGGGAUGUUUAUCAGCACUGCGCGCACGCUGGAUGCAAACAGGAGGAAUGUCCUGAAUUGCCACCCCUGCCCAGCUGGAUCCAUGUCUCCUUUCUGGUGCAAAGCAGCCCGGAGAAGAGAACAAGCGAUGUCAAGAAGAAGAGCAGUCAGCUGCCAGCGGUCCCGGGGGCAUCUUCUGCCAAAAAGCAGCCUCAGAACAAAAAGAAGGGAAAAUGCUCUACCAAAAGCAAAGCGACAGAGAUGCAUCCGGCACAGGCAGUGCUGCCUCCAAGUGGCAAAGAAGAGGAACGCGGUGCGGUGAAAGUCCCUGGUAGAGGAGGAGUGACAGAAAAGGCACAGGCCAAGCUCAGAAAGCACUGCGGAGCCCCAGCCCUGCACCAAACACCGCUGGCAGCCCUACGGUCCUCGAGCUCCGAGAGCAGCCUGCCCGAGAAGCGCAGCUGCAACGCCUCUGCUGCGGUGCCACGGACGCACAAGGGGACCAAAUCCAUGCAGAGUCAGCCACCAAAGAGCAA